GCAACAGACUUUCGUAGCCAUCUUUCAAGCCCUGUGAUUUUCUGAGUGCGUUGUUACAUUUUAAAAUUGAUCUGUGCCUGAAAAUCAGUCAUGAUCUUUGUGGAUAUCUACAAAGUGAACAGCGUCGACGUCGUGGACGCCACGGGAUCAUUCCGUCACGGCCGCGUGGUGGACGUGGGUAACGACGGGCUCUUCAUCGAUUUUUUCUGCCCCGACCAACGCCGCCAAUUCCAUCCUUUCCGCGACGUCUUCCUCUCCGACUGCUGCCGCGCCCUGCACCAUCUGGGCGUCGAGGAUCUCCAUGCCGCCGAUCCCGCCAGUCCCCAGCGCGCCGUCGAGGUCCUGGUGCGCGAGAACCCCUCGCGACCCUUCACCUGGGUCCCCGCCACCGUCCUCCCCCUCCAACCCCCCGCCCUUCACGAACUGCAGUCCACGGUCGUGGUGGAGUACGCCCACCCCGGAACGGAGGGUCUCCAGCGGGAGAUCUUCCCGGGGGAGCAGCUGCGCAUGACGUUGACCAACUGGCAGCAGGAACUGGCCGGGGAUCAUGAGCUGGUGGGGCAUCGCGAUGACGCGGAGCUGGGGCUGGUGUGCGUCCCCCCGGGGCGGUUUGUCGUGUACCGGGUGGCGUUGCCCAGCAGUCUGACCAUCGCUCCGGCGGCGCUGUUGCCCGCCGUGGAGGCGCAUCUCAAGUGGUACUUCGACGAUUAUUUCCGCGCGGAAGUGAAUAUUAUGCCGGUGGCGGUGGAAGCCGGAGCGGUUGUGUGCCUGGAAUUGUUGCCAUUGGCUCGGUUUGACCGUCACAAGCACCUCACGUUGAACCCGACGAUAUUCCUGCCGAAAAUCAUUCGCAACAUUGCCACCAACAACCUGCAGAUCACCCCCAACCCCACCCCGACCGACGACACCUCCGCCGACAUACGCGACCUCCCCACCGACCUGCUGACAGAGGUGUUCUCCUGUCUGAACAGCUUCGUCCAAUCCCGCACCCGCCGCGUAUGCAGCGCCUGGGCGGACCUCCUGGACACGGCCUCCCUCGCCAACCACCUGAUCCUGACCGACGCCCUAUGCGCCCGCAACCACGAGUACCCCCUGGUGGCGGUCGUCUACAAACUCCUGCGCCCGGACACCCGCAGCCUCCUGCUGACCAGCUACGACCCCCACGAGGUCGCCCCGACCCUUUUCCCGGAUUUCCCGCGGAUGCAGUUAAUCGCCGGCAUGCUGGAGUUCGCAGCGCCCACCGUGGGGUGCCGGCUGCGUUGCGUGACCAUCGCCAAUGUGGUGUGGGAGUGGCAGAUCGUGGGGAAUGUGCCGGCGGAUGCGGUGUGCACCGCGCACACGGAGGACAGUGCCUCCGGGGUGCGGGUCUUCGCGGAGAUGUGCCGGCGUCUCCCGUGCGAGGCGGUCAAGUUGGUGGGGUUUUCGGCGCAGCUGGUGUGUGGUUUUCUGGAGGUGCCCUGCCCACGGGUGGCGCUGGUGGUGGAGAUUCCGCGAGCGGUGCUGAAAAUCGACGCGGAUCUGGAGUGCCGGGUGUGGAGUGCUCUGGAGGCCGGGUUGCCGGCGGUGGACGGGGAGGAAUUGUCGGCGGCGGUCGGGCGCUGGUUUAAUUAUGUUAAUGCGCAUGGCGAUCAGCGGGUUGUCAUGGCACUGGCCAAGAUUUUAUGCGCCGUCCAAAGCCGAGAUCCACGCCCAAAUGCGAAUUAUCAGGGCACCCAGUUCUGUCGCAACAUUAACGUCUACCAGAUGAAGAAGUUGUCGGUCAUCUCCUCGUACUUUGUUAUGAAUAUCAUUUUCUCUUUUCCCUUUGUAUAACGUGCCUUUUCCGGAUGGGUGUCUGUCGAUAAUAACUAUUUUUUUGCGGGCCCACACGUUUGCCAACAAUCUUACAUUUUUUAUAAUUUUUUACGAGUAUUUUUUUACAUGUUCUCCUUUGUUGAUCUCUUUUUACCUGUAAAGCGAUGUGGAUUUUGCAAGUGCUGUGAAGCAAUGCUUUAAUUUGCAUGCGACAUGAUUUUCCGUUUGAUUUGCGGAUUUGACUCAGCAGAAAUUAAAAUUUGAUA